AUGGCAAAGGAAGAACUCGGGUUGAAAAUAGGCUUCUACGCCUACCCGUGCGCCCUCUUCGUCACGCUCCUCGGUGUCCAGUCCGCCCAGUUCUACCUCAGUCGCCAUGGCGCGCGUCAGAACGCGUCGCUAGACAACGAUGCGAAAUCAAAAGCGGAAAGCAUCCGACGAUUCUACGCGCGGUGUAUUUGGGGUUUUCAGCUGAUUCUUUGCGGUUUGGUUACUGCGAGUAUUGUUCUUGCUACGAGGGAGGUUUUUGCGGAUCAGAAAGAGUUGCGUGGGAAGAUUCUUUUUUCGUUCAGCGCUUACUUGGCGUCUUUUGUUGGAGUAUUACUUUACUUUUUGGCUGGUCUUCUUCCUGAUCCUGAAGGACCUUGGAACCCGAAUGGUGCUCAUGUUUCAGCAUGGUGUGUCGGCGCACUCGCGGAAAUCGUCAUCGCAGCUGUCUUUUCCGCCGUUGAGCCUCGGCUCCGUGUAUCGCCUGGAUUCGUCGACACUCUCAACGUUCUUGGUUCAGCAAGAGUGCUUAUUCUCGCUCUCAUGAUCGGCUCUUUCACGGUUAGAGAAUACAGGUUGAAAUCUCUUGAGCCAAAGUCUUUGCCCGAGGAACGACAAGGUCUGCUUGAGAAUGGAAAUGGCAACGCUGCGAGCUACGGAAGUGUGCCGCCUACUGCGGCUGAACCGAGACGAACGCAGGUUUCGGGAACGGGUUGGUUGGAUUACUUUGCUGGAUUCAAGGUUUUGUUUCCUUACCUCUGGCCCAAGGAUUCGCCUGUCUACCAAGCCAUCGUGGUCAUAUGCAUCGUCCUCCUGAUGUGUCAGCGCACCGUCAACGUUCUUGGUCCGAUCCAGCUGGGAACUCUUGUCGACAGUUUGGGUGAAGGAAUGAUUCCCUACAAGGAGAUCAUUCUCUACGUCGUAUACCGCGCUCUUCAAGGCAACCAAGGUGCUCUCGGCGCCGCGCGCUCCGUCCUUUGGAUCCCCGUCUCGCAAUCUCUCUUCCGACGACUGUCGUCCGCCGCAUUCGAACACGUUCUUGGUCUAUCCCUUGAAUUUCACCUGAACAAGAAGGUCGGCGAGGUCACCAGUGCUCUGAGCCGAGGCGCUUCCAUCAACACCUUCCUCGAGAGUUUCUGCUUCCAGGUUUUCCCCAUGGUUUUCGACAUUUUCGUCGCUGGUGUCAUCUUCUUCGUCAAGUAUGAUGCCUUCUACACCAUCAUUGUGUUCUUCAUCAUGUGGUCAUACAUCUUCCUCACCAUCUACGUCGCCAAGUACCGUGGUAAGCAGAGGAGAGACAUGACCGUCAAGACAAGAGAGAUGGAAGCUGUCAAGACAGAUGCUAUCGUGGCGUAUGAAACGGUCCAGCACAACUGCGCUGUUCAGCGCGAGACUUCGCGGUUUAGAGAACACGUUACUGUUUUCCAGCGUGCCGAGCGCCUUGUGCAAUGGUCUCUUGCCGUUCUCAACCUCACCCAGAGCUCCAUCUUCACUUUUGGCACGGCUCUUCUCGUCUCUGUUUCAGCUUACAAGAUCUCAAUCGGCGAGCAGACUGUCGGCGAGUUUGUCAGUUUGAUCAACUACUUCGUUCAGCUUCAAGGGCCUUUGAACUUCUUUGGUACAUACUACACCAUGCUGCAGAACAAUCUCAUCGAAGCCGAGCGACUCCUCGAUAUUUUCAAGGAAACAGCCGGUGUAGUCGAGAAGCCUGACGCUAAGAACCUACCUUCCCCCAAGGGCGAGGUCUCCUUCAACAACGUCAAAUUCGCCUACCAGACCAAGAAGGGCGGUCCCGUUCUCGAUGGCAUAAACUUCACCGUCGCACCCGGCACAAAGACUGCCAUCGUCGGCGAGUCUGGCAGCGGAAAGUCUACGUCUCUCAAGCUCCUCUUCCGCUUCUAUGACGUGACAGACGGCUCCAUCACCAUCGACGGGCACGACCUUCGCGAUCUCAAGUUGGACAGUCUGCGUAGGAACAUUGGUGUGGUGCCUCAAGAUACGGUGUUGUUCAACGCGGAUAUCAUGUACAAUCUGUUGUAUGCACGACCUGAUGCAACAGAGGAGGAUGUAUUUGAGGCGUGCAAGGCGGCGAAUAUUCAUGAGAGGAUCUUGAACUUCCCAGACGGGUAUGAGACCAAGGUUGGAGAGCGCGGAUUGAAGUUGUCAGGUGGCGAACGACAGAGAAUUGCUAUUGCUCGUGCUAUUCUCAAGGACGCGCGCAUCCUUCUUCUCGAUGAAGCUACCGCUUCUCUUGAUUCUCACACCGAGCGUCAAAUCCAGGAUGCUCUAGAACGCGUAACAGCCGGACGCACAACUAUCACCAUCGCUCAUCGCUUGUCGACAAUUACAACAUCCGACCAGAUCAUCGUUCUUCACAAGGGCGAGAUCGUCGAGCGCGGUACGCACAGUGAGCUCUUGGCUCGUGGGGGACGAUACCAUGCUAUGUGGGAGAAGCAGACGACAAUUGAGAAGAAAGAGAAGGAGAAGAAGGAGAUGGAAGGAGAGACAUCUGAGACUGGAUCUCAACAAUAA